AUGCAAUCUGAAAUUGAUUCACUAAAGCAACGAAUUUCUGAACUUGAAGCUGAAAAGGCUGAGCUCGAAGCCAAGAAUGCCGAGCUUUUAAAACAGGUUAUGGAAGAGAGCACCAAACGCAAAGCUGAGAAUGUUGAGCUCAAAGCCAGGAUCGCCAAAUUGGAACAGAAACAGACGCAGGCUAUUACUAAUAAACAGGAGCCAUCUUCUACAAAAGAUAUUUCACUACUUAUCAAGAGCCAUUCUGAUGAGGAGAAAGGUAUUACUCCUAAUCCCUUGCCUGAAAUAGAACAUAUCUCAACCCAGGCCCAAAGGGGCGAAUCUUUAGAUUCAUCUGAAUCUUCAACGGAGCCUGAAACAUCUACAACCUCUUUACCACAAGAUAUUAUCAAUGACGAUUCAGCUGAGAUCCUAGAUUUUGUAGAAACGAUACAUAAGGAAAGGAUUAGUAGUGAGAUAAGAGAGAGGAACCGGGAAAAAAAACUUCAAGAAUCACAUAAUAACUUAACACCACCAAUACAAUCCGAAACAUCAACCAUGUCGACACCUAAAUCUCUGGACUUGAAACCUGUGAAAGAGCUUUGGGAUCAGAAUCAAAAUAAAAACCAGAACAAAUCGCACAAGAAAAAGGGAACCGAGAAUAUCACUCAAGUGAUAGCUGAUGAUAAUCUUUUAGAUUCAAAUCAUGUGACAGAAAUUUCAGCGACAGCUCUUCACCAAAAUUCUUCUGUCUUAUUAUUUGAUUUAGCACAAUUAUUUGAUAAGGCAACUGAUGCCGAAUAUAGCGCCAUAAAAGCUAACCAAGAAGAAACUUUAUGCUGGACUAAUUAUGAAAAAGAAUUUAUAAUUCAGUAUAAUGAUCUUGUGAAAAAUAGUAAUGGAAAAAUUGGCGAGAAAAAGGCAAAGGGUAUAAUAUAUGAUAAAAUAUUGGAACACCUUAAUAUCAUCCGUGAAAGAAGGUCCAAGGAAAUGGGAUUACAGCUCCCAGAAAUUUCGCGUAAAACUUUAUGCAAAAAGACCCAAAAGGCCGUAAGGACUUAUAAAUUAUUUGACAAAAUAGGUAUAGAUAAAAUUAAAUAUCUUAAAGCAUAUAGCACAAAUUCUAUUUCAGAAUUGACCAACGAACAAAUUCAAAAGAUAAUUGAUAAUAUUUCUAAUCAUGAGUCUAAUAUAGGAAAUCACAUGACUGAAAUUUCAACGACGGCCCGUCACCAAAAUCAUACAACCGAAAUUGUGAGUACUUUACCAGAAACUAAGGUAAGUGCAUUUUCUGAGAAGUUAUCACCGAAAAAAUCAUCAGAAACGAUUUCAGAGGAAUCAACCGAGGCAAGCGCAUCAUCCAAUCCAACCCAUGACCAUGCUUACUUUUGUAAUAAGAUAUUGUGGAGAUAUUCUGAUCUAUAUAAAGAAUUUAGUAGUGAAAAAUUUGAUUAUUAUAGAAUUCAUGAGGGGUCCUUAUGUCUAGUAUGCAAGCACAGUCACGAGAAAGGAAAAAGUUUACUAUUUUGGGAUAUGCACAGAGUGUCAGCACUCUUGACUCCUGAAUAUUUGGACUGGCAUGCUAAUUUAGUUGAUUUACCAAGUUCUCAGACAGAUAAAAUUCAUUUGAGCUUAUAUAGAGCAUAUACGGAAGAGACUGGACUCGAUCCUUGGAUAAAGUCUGAAACUUCUGAAUCCCCACAAAUCAAAAAAGAUGCCGAAAAAAAGACGUUAUUUGUACCACAGAUAAAUGUUCAGCCUACACCAUCCAAACUUCGAUCAUCAAUUUCUGUUCUACCUAAAGACCUGGAAGAAAGGCAACAACAUGUUAUUGAAAUGGUAUUAGAACGAUUUCCUUAUUUAACUUUGAAACAUAGUUUUAAAUAUAGUAAUUAUUUUGAUUUUAAUAGAUCUGUACUUUGUCCUAUAUGCAACAAUGAUCAUAAAAAAGAGAAUAUAAGAAAUUUUAUAGAGGAUGAGUGGGAAAGUGGUGAAUAUUGUGGUAAAAAAACUUAUCGUCUCUAUUGUUAUAAAAAUAAAUAUCAAAAUUCAAUCCAAAUAGUAACCGUAAAAGCAUAG